CUUCUUUCUGCUAACCUGUUAGUACUUAAGAAGCACACCCACGAUUUUGACAAAUACUACUCAAGAACGUGGUCAGCGCCAGCUCGCACCUGUUCGCAAGCUUCCCUUGUCUUUUUCAUCCUUCGUGGGCUGCCGCUACAUAACAUAAUAUGGAGAACAGUGUUAGCUUCACAGAGCUGUUGCGGGUGCUGCCGGGGGACGCGCGCGCAACCAUCCUGGGCACAUCAACCUUCUCCCGGCGCAGCCUCGCCACUCGCUGUCGGCUCGUCUGCAGCGAGAUGCGAGACGUAUGUGACAGCACCAUGCGAGAAGUGCGACUGUUGCUCAACCCAGAGAAGGUGGCCAACUUGUCCCAGUCGGCAUUGCUGACCCGCUUCCCGGCGUGCACCCGCCUCCAACUCCACCUGCCCCCGACGGCCACUGACAGCCGCCUCGCCGGCUCCGUAAUUGCAAAGAUUGCAUCGGUCUCUGGACAGGGUCUGCGUAGUAUCGCCAUCAGGAGCUUCUACAACGCGUGCUACCGAGGGUCGGGCUACCAUAAAGUGGAUUUCACGCAUGUCGCGGAGGCGGUGCGCCGCCACGUCCCCAACCUGCAAGAGCUGGAGCUGCGCUGCCCCGAUCACGUGCGCGCCGAAGCACCACGAAGCCGACUCUCGCGCCAGUUGCGCGUCUUUCGCGCCAUCGCCGGCAGCUGCUCCAGUCUGCAACGCCUGGCCAUCACGCUGCACCGCCCCGGCAACCUCGCGGGCGUGGACGCGCUGGCGGCCAGCUGCCCGCAGCUUCGCGAGCUGACCGUGCUGCUGGAUCCAGCGUUUGAAUUUGUUAUGGACAACGCAGGCGACGAGUUGCUGCCGAGCUCCGUGCAAUCGCUGCUGGCCAUCCCUAGCCUGCAGCGGAUCGAGCUGAUGUGCGCCCAUCCCACCAGAGCCAACUUGAAACAGCUGCCGCUGCCGCAGCUGCUGGCCGGCUGCCGGCCGCACCGGGCCCUGCGCCGCCUCAGCCUGCAGUGCGCGCACGACGCUUCCGGCCCAUGGCUGGAAUUGGAGCUCGGGGAGUUGGGGGAGCAGCAGGAGGGCGCUACGGUGCCGGCGGCGGCGGCAGGCGGCAACGGCAGCGGCAACGGUGGCAGCAGCGGCGGCGGCGGUGCGGUGACGGGAGCCUCAGCGCUGGGACGUGGCGGCGGCGCGGCGGCGCGGCGCAGGGACGGCGGCUGGGGCAUCCGGCGAGUGCUCAUCGGGCCGCCACCGCGCGACACGCCGCAGACCGCGUUCCUUCGCCGGCUUUCGGUCGUGUUGCUGGCUGCGGCGGACGAGGGCACGAAGCAGCGGCUCAUUCCGGAGCUGGUCGUGAGGGAGGUGCUGCUGUACGACUGCACGACAGCGCGCUUCCAGCGGCCGCGUGCAUCGGUGACGCAGCUGCUGGCGCGGUGCGGGCGAGUGGAGGUGGGGCGCCUGUCCAUGGAGAUGGACCGCCGCGCAAACGACGAUGACGCGUUCGCAGGCGCGGACCCGGCGCUGGCGGUGGCGGCGGCGCGGCUGCUGAACAUGCCGUACGUCAUCCAGUUGCACCACGGCUACUGGCAGUGUCGCGAGGGGCCGGCGCCAGCAGGUGGCGGCGGCGACGGCGGCAGUGGCGGCGGCGGUGGCGGCGGCAGUGGCGGCGGCGUUGCGGGCCAGCUCCUGCCGCUGGCGGUGCACCGGCCGCUGAGGCAGCCGCGGCCGCCGGGGCUGCCGCCGCUGCAGCUGGGCACCGCCAAUGCCGAGGCGGUGCUGCGGGAGGCGGUGGGGCGGCUGUGGGCGGAGGCGGUCGUGGAGGAGCAGGCGGCGCCGCCAGCAAACGCGGCGGCGGAGGAGGAGCCGCCGCCGCCACAACCCGGAAGCGCUGUGGGCGCAGCGGACAAGCACAGCAGCCGACCGGCGCCGGGGUGGGCGCCGGAGGCUUCUGACGACGAAGACAGCUCCGAUGAUGGCGAUGAUUCUGACGACGAAGACAGCUCCGAUGAUGGCGAUGAUUCUGACGAUGAAGGCAGCUCCGAUUAUGGCGACGAUGGAGCAGACAGCGACGACAGCGAGGGAAGCGGCGGCCCGGAGUGCGAGCGGAACCUGGUCCUGGUCCGCGGGGCCUUCCCGCGUGGCCCGUCUCCUGACUACUACGGCUAUUGCGACCGGCCCCUGUGGGACCACUGGCUGCAUUCGGCGCUGUCGCGGCACCUCGACCCGGCAUCGGCUGCCGCUGCCGACCAGCAGCCGCAGCAGCCGCAGGGGAAGGAGGAGGAGGAGCAAGAGCCGCUCCGCAAGCGCAGGAAGGGCGCUGAUGGGCAGGUGGCUGGUGGUGGCGGCGGCGGUGCGGCGGCUGCUGACGCGGGGGCUGCCAGUGGCGACGAAGGGGAGGCGCUGGAGGCCGCGUGUGAGUGCCUGGAUACGCUGGCGCCGCAUGCCUGCAUGCCGGCCGUGGAUGCGAUCCUGCUGAGUGGCUGCGACGAAGAAGCCGCGGCCGAGCUGGUUGCGCUGCUGCGGUCGGCGGCGGCCCGGAUUGGCGAAGACGUCGGGCCUGGCGGCGGCGCAGAUGGCGGCGCAGGUGGCGGCGCAAGUGGCGGCGCAGAUGGCGGCGCAGGUGGCGGCGCAAGUGGCGGCGCAGGUGGCGGCGCAAGUGGCGGCGCAGGUGGCGGCGCAGGUGGCGGCGCAGGCGGCGGCGCAGGCGGCGGCGCAGGUGGCGGCGCAGGUGGCGGCGCAAGUGGCGGCGCAGGCGGCUGUGGUGGUGCUGGCGGCGCCCCGGCGGCUGCGGUGGAGGCCGUGGUCCUGGCCGCGCAUGUGGGGCGCUGGCCGGGCGGUGGGAGGGACUUCGUGCCUGGUGCGGACUCCGCCCUGGCCGACGCAGUACUGCAGGUCCUCACGGAGCUUUGGGACCAGGCCGCCGCCACGACGGGGACAGGGGCCGGCGGCGGCGGCGCACCUCCAGCUGCGGCCGACGGCGGCCAGGGUGUUGGGGCGGGGGCUAGGCCUGCCCUGUCCUCCGCUCGGGCCUCGGCAGCGGCGGCGGCGGCAGGCGGUGCUGCUGAUCGCUUGCGCGAGGGUGCGGGUGAGGGUGAGGGUCAGGGUGACGUGUUGGUGCAGCUGGAGCGGCUGCUGGCGCUGGAUGCUGGCGUGAAGCAGCUGUGGGCGCUGGCGACCAGAGCCGCUGUACCUGAAGCUAGAGGUGGAGGUGGCGGUGGAGGCGGCCUCUACUAGCCUGGGCCCGGCGGCUUCGUCGGUGACUUCCGUGCCCUGGUGGAGAGCGACGGCUCGGAUGGUGGUAGUGAUGGCGACAGCGGCAGCGACGAUGAUUUGAAUGAGGAAGAGCUAGAUGAGGCGGAUGAGGUGGAGGAGGGGAAGGGGGGCAGUGAUGAUAAUGAGGAUUAGGGUACGGGUGCAUGCACAUGGACAUUUAGGGGAUGGGGACUGGGUGUGCGACCACGUGGUGUGUCCGUGACGGCACUCAAGCCGGGGGCAGGAGCAGGGGCACGGCGCCAUGCCCUGGCGGAGGGCAAAGGCGGAGGGUAGUGGGCAGUGGUAGGGCAUUCGCGUGCCGUACGGUACCGGGCAAGUAGCGCUGGAGGGCGGUACCAGGGCUGCCCAGGUGCUGGCCUCAGUUGCGGGCUGUUGGUUGGCUAUUGCAGGCGACUUGGGGCAGCGUCGUGGGCCGGCGUUGCUGCACCUUGCAUAGAGGGGCAUGUGGCCGGACACAGGCAGACAGGCUGGACGUGACACGAGGUGGUGAGGGGGGACUGCCGGAAGGAGCGAGCGAAGUGCUAGGGCUGGCCGGGGCUGUCAGCUGUCGGCACCCUUCGGCACUCUGAAGCCGGCUGGAUCAUGCAUCGUCACGUACGCAUUCGCGCGCAACGCUCUUUUGCAUAGGAAUUUUGAUGGGCGUAAGUGGGCACUGGACCGUACUACUUUCCGAUCAGGGCUGGCGUGGUUUUUGCCGGCCAUGUAUGCUCCGCCUGCGGUUGGAACUAGGCGCAGUGAACACGUUGGCUACUGAUAGCAAAACCUUACAUCAACACCUCUCGAGAGUGUUCAAGUGUGCUUGAAUCAUGGGCAGCCAACUUU